GCAUUUUCGUUUUUCCGUGACGUAUCUGACAAAAAGUAUUGAGUGGAGCCGUGACGUCACCGACGCUCUGACAGGCAACGUUGCAGCCAUGGAGGAAGUGAGAGUGUUUCCCCUGACCUGUGCUGUGCAGAACUAUGCGUGGGGGAAGCUCGGGCUGGACAGCGAGGUGGCCAACCUCAUGAUGGGUGGUGACCCGGUCGCUGUUGUAGAGGAUCGAAAGCCCUAUGCAGAGCUGUGGAUGGGUGCCCACCCAAAAGGUGAUGCCCAGAUUAAAGACAACAGGAUCGCUCAAACCACGCUGGGCGAGUGGAUCGCACACUUCCCCGCCUGCCUGGGCUCCAAGGUCAAAGACACCUUCCAGGGUCAGCUGCCCUUCCUCUUCAAAGUCCUGUCUGUCAAUACUGCCCUGUCCAUACAGGCACAUCCCAACAGAGAGUUAGCAGCUCGUCUCCAUGCUCAGUUUCCGGAGCAUUAUCCAGACAACAACCACAAGCCCGAGAUGGCCAUCGCCCUCACCCGCUUUCAGGGCCUCUGCGGCUUCAGACCGGCGGAGGAGAUCCUUGGGUUCCUCAAAACCGUUCCAGAGUUUCAUGCUCUGGUGGGCAACGAGGCAGCAGAUGAGCUGAGGGGCAGCGUGGGAAAUGUGGUCCACAUGAGCCAGGUGCUGAAGAAGUGCUUCACCAGGAUGAUGAACUGUGAGAAGAAGGUGUUCGUGGAUCAGCUCAACAUGCUGGUCAAGAGAGUCACUGAAGAGGGUGCAGCAGGGAAGGACACAUCAAGCAGCAACGGGGACCUGCUGCUGCAUCUCCACUCUCAGUAUCCCGGAGACAUCGGCUGCUUCUCCAUCUACUUCCUCAACCACAUGCUGCUGGAGCCGGGCCAGGCCAUGUUCCUGGGAGCCAACGAGCCUCACGCUUACCUCUAUGGAGACUGUGUGGAGUGUAUGGCCUGCUCAGACAACACGGUGAGAGCCGGCCUGACUCCCAAAUACAUCGACGUCAACACGCUUUGUGAGAUGCUGAACUACAGUCCGGCCCCCGCCAGCUCCAAGAUCUUCCCCUGUGUCCAGGACGCCUCAGACCCCUGUGUUUCUCUGUACGACCCCCCCGUGCCAGACUUCACUGUCAUGAGGAUACAGGUCCCAGCCUCGGUGAAGCAGUACACUGUUGCCCCUGUCGACAGCGCCAGCAUCCUCCUGGUCAUCGAAGGCGACGCGAUGGCGACCUCCGCUGCUGCCCUCUCUGACAUCACGCUGAGGCGGGGCACCGUCCUGUUCAUCUCGGCCAAUGAGAGCGUCUCCCUGCACAUCACCUGCCCUUCCGGGAUGACCAUGUUCCGGGCCUGCUGCCUCCUGUAGCAGCGAGUCCGAGGCUGUGUGUGAAAGAUUCCUGUGUGUGUGUUCCUAAAGGUCUACGCUGACAUCAGGAUUUAGCCCAAUGAUCGCUGUGCACCUUACAGUAGGCAGUACGUUAAAGGAGCUUUCAGACACAGAUGCCCCCUCCCACCUAAACCCGACCUUCUCCAGCAGUGUUCUUUAGCUUUAAAAUCUACAGCUGAUUUGAACUGUCUUUUUUACCUGGAGCGGUGUAAUUUACAUCUGAUUAAAAAAAAGCAGAGGCUGUGCUCUCAUGAAUUCUCUAAAGGUGCUGGACAGAGGACAAGAUUAUGUUGCAUGAAAGGUUAUUUUUGAACUAGAAAACCACCUUUAUAAUAUCUAUUUGGUCGCUUUUCUGGAGCUUAAAGGGACUUCAAAUGCUCAGAAGAAUUUAAAAUGUGCAAUUCAAGGACCGCUAGGUUUCACUUUCUCAUGAUAAAGAUCAUAGAAUAUGAUCAAAUCAUCUAGAACAGCACAUAAAUAAACCUUUGGGCCAUUUAAAAAAACAAAUCUUCACACCUGAGCAAGCUCCAACCACAGUGAGAUGCAGUUUGACACGUCGAUAAAGCUAUUAAAUAAUCCUCAAUGCUCAAUUUAAAUCUGGUCCUUCUUCAGUGUUUAUGACAUUUUCCUUUUUAGUCAUAACACACUUACAGCUGCACGUUUUAAUCCUAUUAUUAUACUUUAAAACAGCACUGAAGCAGGGUGGAGGGUAGGUUCACAGUGGUGCAGUACACCACCAUCACUCACUGCUUUGUACACCUACAGAACCACUGAGGACUGAGCAUGUCUGUUAUAUGAACCAGCAGUCUUUAGUUUAACAUGUAAAUAUCUAGACCUGGAUGAAAUGUAUAGUUGAAACAGUUGAGGGUAUAUACAGUAGUGUAAUACUGAGAGACCUGUGCAUGUUUGACUUUGAGUAGUAAUACUGGAGAGGGGCUUUCAAUCUCGACCGGGGAUACAUUUUAUUAGCUUUACCAAAAUCUCUCUUUAUUACCUCCACUUUUUUAUUUUUAGAUCUGACCAACUGUGAUAUUUUUGUGGGAGAAAUCUAAAAUUAAAAGACUGACAUCUGAGAAGAAAAGUUGGAUUUUAUUUCCAUUUUUUUUUUUUUACAUGGGGCCCUAAUCUACUUCCAUACAGCUGUUCUGUUUCUCAGUCAGGAGGGGGAAUAACUUAAUUCAGUUAAAGUAAACAAGGACCAACCAGGACUUGGGAGAAGGAAACAAGAUUAUAUUUUGGCUAAACUAGAUAGACUGAAAUAUAUAUUUAAUCUGAUGAUUUAAAAAAGACCUAAAUGUCAAUAUUUUCAUUGAUAAAAAUCAUAGAAAGUUAAGACUCAAAAGGCCUUUUAGUCAACUAAAAUGUGCCUUUAAAAAUAAAGGAUGAGGUUGGCUAAAUGUGAUGGUAAAUUAUAAAGGACAUUUGACCAGUGCCGGCGCUAAGGGGGGGCAUUCGAGGGCCGUGCCCCCCCUAGCGGUCAUUGAUGCCCCUCCUACCAGCUGUGAAGCAUAUUCUCGAUCUGUCACAAUCAACUAUAAUUGACGCUGAGUUCGAAGUUGCUAAAGAGUUUUUUAAUGUCACAAAAGCAAGCAAGCCCCCCCCCCCGCCAAUGACCCAAUGCCCCUCCAGUAGAUCUGCUCUGGCGCCGACUCUGCAUUUGACACAGGACUAAGACAUGGUAGCUUAUAAAUGUAAGGAAGUGAAGUUGACCCUGGAAAGUGUUACUGAUUUUAACUGUUACAGCGCAUGUUUACGAUAUGGAAACACUUUUUAAAAUAUGAAACAAUCAUAAAGAUAAAAACUAACAGAGGGCCAUUAACCACCACCGUCCCAUUAUGAGCGACUGUAUUUUAAAGUUACCCAUGAAUGAAAAUGCACUACUGCUGCUCGAUGCUUACUUAUACAAUUUGACCGAAGCCCGUUAACACAGAUCUUGUACAUUGUGUACAACAAAAUGCUGCAUUCAGUUUUAUAGGAUUAUCGUAACAAACAUGUCUGUGUUUCUAAGUAUGUGAAGCUGGGUUUUUUUUACAGGUGUUGCAUGUGUUGUUGUUUGUACUGAUUCAUUAAUACUUGACCUUACAUAAUAGGUGAAAUUAACCCUUGAAUGAUAUAGUAUUGUAAGGUUUUAUCAUGUAGUGAUCCAACCUGUUGGUAGAAUAUUGGAAGUACAUUAUUUCAGUAUGGUGCAAAUUUCUGGAUAAUAUUCGACUUUGUAUCGGGGUCAAUCUGAAUUAACUCAAUCAAUGAAGGGAAUUUUUUUGUUGUAAUUUAUCUUGAAUUAAUUAUUGGAGUGAAUGCUUUCACUGCCUGCCUGCCUGCCAGUGAGUAGAUAUGUCUCCUAUAGUUUGAAUGAAUGACUACAGGGAAUGAUCCAAUGCUUUUUCCCUACUUCAUGACCAUGUGAGUGAUGUCGGUUGAUUUCUAAGCUUGUGCACUAAACCUUUUUAUUUGUUGCUAAAAUUGUUGAAAAAGGGAAGAAUAUUUCUGAUGUUUUUAAUUAAAAUCAUGGUCUUCUUGAUUAAGAAACCAUUCCUUGAAUUCA